AACCCCAUUUCGAACUUUCUUCAAAACAGAAUGGAUAUGCUGGACUCGGGAUGACUGCAAAGAUGGCAACAGUUCGAAAGAACAAGGAAGGAUUCACUCCAAGACAAGUCAAGGCUGCGAUGGAAGCAAGAAGUGCGAUGCACAUACUCAAUGCUCCAAGCACCAAAAGUCUGAAGUAUGCGAUCCAAUCUGGUCUCAUCAAGGACUGUCCUAUCACUGAAGAAGCGAUCAACCAUGCCAAAGCAAUCUUUGGACCUGAUGCAUCUACAUUGAAAGGCAAGUCAACAAGACCAACUCCGAAGAAGACACACGAUGACUUCUUCAGUCCACCAGAGGAAUUGUACCAACACAAUCGCACAAUUACCGUCUGUAUUGAUCACAUGGAGAUUGGAGAUGCUAAGUUUCUCAUCUGCAUUGAUACCACUGUGUGUUAUCGCUCAUGUAUUCCCAUGCAGAAUUUGAAGACUGAACCUGUGUUUGAAGCAUUGGAUAAAAUAUUCCGCCGCUACAACAAGGCAGGCUUUCAUGUCAAGACGAUCAAGUGUGAUCGAGCUUUCAUCCCUCUGACGGAUGAUAUGCUAGAUGAUAUGGGUGUUACUAUUGACCCAACUGCAGCUGGAGACCACAAGCCUACAGCUGAGCGAAACAAUAGGACGCUGAAAGAAAGAGUUGUUGUACUACCCGUUACCAAUCAAGUAAUCCAGCGUGUUGAAGCUUGGGCUGCUGCCAAAGGUGUUACCUCCAUGAAGUUCUUUGAUAAGAAGAGAGAUUUGGAGACAUUUCAAGAUGAUCAGGACUAUGAACCUGAAGAUGAAGAUGAACGUGAUUUCAACCUACGUGGGCAAUUUGAUGAUAUCGAUGACUCCAAAAGAAAAGAGCUCUUGGCAGAUGCAGACAAUGAUGUUGAUGAUAUGCCGGAACUCAUUGUCAGAUUCCAAGGGGAUGAUGACUAUGAAUCAGAUGACGACGAUUCGGGUGAUGAAGGCGAUGAAGAGGAAGAACCUAUUGUGGCCAAUUUGGAUCACUAUCAAGAAAAUGUCAAUAGAGGAACCAAUGACAUUGGAAGCCUCGUUACUGAUCUGGAGGAUCUACAAGAACCGCCAGAAGAAGAGAUUGUAUUUGAGCCUGGAGACAUUUCAAGAUGGCAAUCAAAUUGCAGGAAUGAAGAUGAACGUGAUUUCAACCUACGUGGGCAAUUUGAUGAUAUCGAUGACUCCAAAAGAAAAGAGCUCUUGGCAGAUGCAGACAAUGAUGUCGAUGAUAUGCCGGAACUCAUUGUCAGAUUCCAAGGGGAUGAUGACUAUGAAUCAGAUGACAACAAUUUGGGUGACGAAGGCGAUGAAGAGGAAGAACCUAUUGUGGCCGAUUUGGAUCACCAUCAAGGAAAUGCCGAUAGAGGAACUGUGACACACAAUUUUGAAAACUGUGCAGUUUUAAAACUGAGUGACGCAGUUUCAAAACUGAGAAAGCUAAAAAACGUUCACAAUCUCAGAAGUGGUGGCUUGACGGGCGUAGUCAUUUUACGAACUUCUGGAAAUACCGCGUACCCACAGUCAUUGCGCAGUCAGAUGUGA